AUGGCCGACGUUGCCAAGAAUAGGUCCCCAGUUGAGCUGGACUCAGCUCACAGGGCUCAGCUCAGGGGGCUCAGCUUAGAGGGCUUACACGGCAAACAUGUCUGGACAUACUUGCUCGUGCUGAUCGACCGGCGGAGGAAAGGCCUGCCCGUCGCUCCAGGCCAUUCGUUUUUAUUUGGCCAUCUCCUUUACCUCAAAAAGAUUCUUGACUGCUUGCCAAGGGAUGCCCACUAUCAGCUUGGCUUCGAUAACCCAGAGGCACUUGCCCAGCUGCGUGCAGAACACGAUAAAGUGCUAGGUCCCAAUCCUGCUGCAGCAGCAACAGUCAUCAGGGAGAACCCUCGCGUGUUAAACAGCCUACGAUACACCCUUGCUGUCAUUAAAGAAUCAAUGCGCUUUUUCCCGCCUGCAGGCGCUACCCGUGCGGGAAAGCCGGGCAUCAAUGUGACAGAUGAUGCCGGUAACCUUUGUCCAACAGACGAUGCUAUCCUAUGGGUUCUGCACAUUGAAAUGCAAACUUCGGAAAAGUACUGGGUGAAACCAGAUGCCUUCUUACCGGAACGUUGGCUCGUUCCCCCUGACCAUGAGUUAUACCCUAGCCCCGGCGCCUGGCGUCCCUUUGAACUCGGGCCGAGAAACUGCGUUGCACAAGCAUUGUCGCUCAUUGAACUGCGCAUCAUUCUCGCAUGUUUGGUUAGGACCUUCGAGGUUGUGCCAGCCUACGAUGAGUGGGACGCCAGCCAUUCAAUGAAGGGGUCGAAACACUACCGAGGCGAGCGGGCGUAUCUAGUUGAAAGCGGAGCUGCACAUCCAACGGCGCAAUAUCCUUGUCGAGUUCAGCUAGCACAAUAG